AUGAUCUCUGAUUUAAAAUACAAUAAAUUCCUUAUCUUUGGUGAUUCAAUAACUGAAUUCUCAUACAAUCCUUAUCCCUUAGGAUAUGAACAUGUUCAAUUUGGAUUCGGUGCAGCUUUACAAAAUGCAUAUACAAGAAGAUUAGACGUUGUUCAAAGAGGUUAUGCAGGUUAUAAUACUGAAUGGGCUAGAAAAAUCUUGCCAAAGAUUAUUGAGAAUGAGCAUCGUCCAGAUUCAAAGAUCUUGUUGGGAACUAUAUUCUUUGGUACUAAUGAUUCUGUAUUGGGUGGUCCACAAAUUGUUCCCCUAGAGAGAUAUAUUGAGAAUAGUAGAUAUUUCUUGGAACUAUUCAAAGCAAAUGGUAUAAAACCAAUUUUAAUUGGUGUUGCUAAACAUGAUUAUGAUAAAUGGGCUCCAUCAAGAGAAGCUGAUAUUGCAAUGGGACUUGUUAGAACUAAUGAAAAUAAUAAGAGAUAUUCUGAAGCUUUGAAAGCUUUAGCAUCUGAGGAAAAUGUCCCAUUCAUUGAUUUAUAUACAUUAUUUGAUAAUUAUAAAGGAGAUUGGAAAAAUCUUUUAUUAGACGGUGUUCAUUACACUGGUGAAGGUUACAGAAUCUUAUUUGAUGAAUUAAUGAAGGUUAUUAGAGAAUGGUAUCCUCAAUAUCAUCCAGAAAAUUUGGAUUAUAUUUUACAAUACUGGAGAGAUGUCAAACCUUCAGAUUUCAGUUAA